CCGCAGAUCAUGGAUAUUUAAAGAGCCAUUUCUUCAUGGGUUGAUACAUUCGAUAUUUUGUACUGGACAAGGACAUACAAUUUUAUUAUGGAAUCUCUCAAAUUAGGAGUUAUGUAUGUUGAGAGUCAUUCACGGAGAUUGUACGGAUAUAUAGAGAAAAUGUCGCUAGAUAUUGGUGACAAAUGUGACAAUUAUAUGGAUGACACAUCAGCAAGGAGAAAAUACUGGUGCGAAGUGCUUCUACGGCUACCCCUGUUGUUCAUUAUACAUCAGUGGUUUCUGCUCAUUCCAAAUUCUAACUACUGGAUUAUUGAUAUAGUUCUAUUCAUCGUAAGAUACGGAGUGGCUCAUUUUUUGGUCAGAUCUUGGGCUUUCAACAGCGGAGUUCUUCUUCAAGCCUACAUUACUCUUACAUUCGACAUAAUAAUGGUCUGGAUUAAAUACAUCGACUACUGGACAUACCAAGAUGAAGCCUGUGAAAUUUGUCAUGAUAAGAACGUGAUGGUGUGGUCAGAUGUGACAGCCAAUGUAAGGUUACCAUUGACUUGCUCAAUUAUACUGCAACUGAUAUAUCUUUGCACAAGGCCCGGAGCAUUAAGUCAUAGAUCGAAAUACGAUGGUCCAUCAUUGCUAUAUAUUGGAUUACUGUCAACACUGGUUCCCAGAAUUUUGAGCACUCUUAGUAUAUUUCCUGCCUUUAUGUCAGAAUUGUCGUACUGGAUUGACAUUUUUUUACUGAUUGUAAUAAUUGUUUUUGAGGUUGUCUCACUGCUGAUCAUAGAUGCAACAGUUGAUAGAAACAAGCUUAUGUCUCUGAUCGCCAAGAAAAAUCAAACAAAUGAAACUGAAACAAAAAAUAAAUAUAAAUCAGCAAUUAAAGAUUUAAAAUGUCGUAUAGAGAUCCGAAAUCAAGGACAGAAUAUGUUUCCAGGAAAAUGGUUUGUGAGAGAUUCCAUGGCGUUCUUUGCGAUUGUUUAUCUAACAACAAUUUUAUUAAUUGAGGUAACAGUCUAUCAAAGACCGAUAUUGUCGUUUAUGUCAUUAAACACUUGCCUAGAAGUUCUUGCAAGAUGGUGCACUACGCAUGUUAUUGUACUUGUUAUUUCUUACGUCUUAGGUUUAUUGUCCAACGUUACUGUUGCCCUAGGUAACUGGUUCCUGACAACAGAAAUCAACCUCACUGAGGCUUUCAAUGCUGAUAUUGGUGAAAUUGUCGAAGGUACUGCACUUAUUACAUUUAUUGAAGCAAAUGUGCUGGCUUUGGAAGAUGAGGAAAAAGUUAAUGCUAUGGGGCUUAUAGCGUUUUUGACCAUGUAUGCUAUUAUAUUUCAGACACAUGAUGUUCUUGAGCAGAAAAUUUUUCAAGCAAUUAAUAACGAAACUUCCCCUGGGGUAUUAUUCUACAUGCGUGCGAUUAUUCUCAGCGGAUUACUUGUCACUAUUCCAUCCUUGUCUACUUUGCUUGUAUCUAGAAAUUUGAAUUUAAGUCCAUGGCUCCUAUUUUUUGCAUCCGGAAAUUGCUCUUUAGUUGUUCUUACAGUCACUUUAAUGUUAGAAUCUGUCUUAAUAAAAUGCACGUGGUAUACAUCAAACCAUCUUACUAAAAUCGAGGACUUUCUACAUUAUACUAUGAUUUGUAAAACAUUUGUCCUACUUUUAUUGAACUGUGUACAGUGCUAUUGUAGAUAUAUCUGUCCAUUUUUCAAGGGAUGGUGGUUUAUUCGUCUCUGCCUUGCUUUGUUCAGUUUUGUAGCAGUGACCGCAAUCCUCGGAUUAAAUGAAUUUAACAGAUACAAAACUAGACAAAGAAUAUUUACACUUCUUAGAAACCUACAAGAUGUGUUUUUUCAUGACGCAGAAGACACGCAUGAGUGCGCCAUUUGUUACAUUGAAAUGACAAACGCAAAGAAAUUACCUUGUAAUCAUAUCUUUCAUUAUGAUUGUUUAAGGAAAUGGUUUGUAGUUAGAACUGUGUGUCCAUUGUGUAACACUGAAAUCAGGGAUGAGAAUAUCCAAGUGCGAGAUUUUUUUAUAUAUAAUGUUUAACUUAAUUAUGAUAACAAAAUUUGGGCUCCGAUUUUACACUGUCAAAUGAAGUGAAAAGGUCUCUGAUUUUCAAAAAAAGUGAAGGUUUAGUUUAUAAAUGUCUUGUAAAUUUAACUUUGUAAAUCUUGUUAAUUUUAGUUGAUAAAUGUCUUGUUAUUUUGGGUUCGUGUUUAUAUUAUAUUUGCUUUUUAAUAUUACUCGUAUUUAGAAUUUCAGUUACAGAAAAAUUAUUGAAAUUGACUGCAUAAUCUUUGAAAGAAUUAUCUAAAUUUAGAGUUUAAAACACACAAUGUUGGAAUACUAGUUUGCCAUGUUUUUUAAUGCUAAGCUUUGAUAUCAUUUAUAUUGUAUCAACAUUAAGUUUGUCAUUGGAUGUGUUUGAUGGUAGACGUUUUAUUUUAAUUAAAGCACUACAUAUAGUUUUGCCGCGUUUUUUUACCCUCGUAUUUAAAGGAAAACAGGAGGUUAUAGAAAUGAACUAAGUCUGUCUUUCUGUCUGACCGCCAUCAUUUUUGUCCAAUCCGUUACAUAUCCGUUCAAGGAAGGAAUAUUUAAUUACUUGAAAAACUCUUCACCAUAAUAAGACGACGCAACACCCAGACCGCUAACUACAAUGUCAAGGACACACUUGGAGAUUAAAGGACAACAUUUUUUGAGUGAUUGUGUAUUUUGUGUUCGGUCCAUAACUUUGUCAUACAUCAUAGGGUUUGAAAUAACUUGGCGCAAAUGUUCACAAUAAUAGACAUAUCUUGCGAAACAUCUAGACCGUACCUAAAAGGUCCAGGUAAAAUUUAGAAUUCAAUGUUUAACAAACUCUGUAAAAAGACCCUUUCUUAAAUCUAGUUCACAGCUUGUUAAUUCAUCAAAGAAUUUUGAAAUAAGUUUGCACAAGUAUGAAACUAAUGUUAUUAUAUUUAUAUGUUGAAUUUAUUGUUGCAUGUGCAUAUAUAGACUUUGGCAAGAAUUUGCACUGAAAACCAUAUACCGGUACAUACAUUCAACUUUUGAAAUAACAAAUUCUUGUUUAAUUUAUUCUGAUUCUUUUUUUUAGAUGACUAAUAUAAAAUAACAUCCUUCAUGUAUAAUUUUCGGACCAUUACACUAUUCUAUUGAAGUUCAAAGUCUCGGUCAAUUGAAAAUCAAGAAUAAUAGUAGAUUGGUAAUUUCAGAAAGACAAAAAGAU